UCCUCAGUGAGCGGCCGCUGUGCUGGAUGACAGCUAUCCGGCGCCGAAACACCGAUAGACACUCAGACGAAAGAGCCAUGGCGGCCACGGGUGGAGGGAAAAUUAGAAGCAGGAGAUAUCAUAUCGCCUCUAAACCUUACGCCAAGAGUAAACAGCAGCAGUCAGGCCUCAUCAGUCGAGUGACAGACACAGUAAAGAGCAUCGUUCCCUCCUGGCUGCAGAAAUACUUCAAGAAUGAAGAUGCUUCUGAAGGAGGAGGUGCUGUACUGGGGACAGACCAGAACUGCCAGCUGCCACCGCCUCCUCCUCCUAAUGGCAGUGAAGAGGGGCCUCCUCCCCUUGAUGGACGCGACUCCCCAGAGCCAAGUACCAGUAAUACAGAGCCCUCUACCAGCCGGGCAUCCCUGAACUUUCAGGAGUAUGUGCUUUCUCGGCCUCCUCUGAGUCGCUCCCAUCUCCACUUUCCCCCACUGGAUGUCUCCUCCCCUACUCUGGGGGCUUCCAGCAGCCUCUUCUCUCAACCUUCCACCUCCUCAGCCCCUGGACCCUUUUCCACAGGCUUCUCCUUGGUCAAAGAAAUUAAGGACAACCUCUCGCAGCACGAAGAUGAUAACAUCUCCACCACUAGUGGCUUCUCAUCCCGCGCCUCUGACAAAGAUGUCCCCACUUCCAAAACGGCAUCACUUCCUCAACUUUGGUCCCCAGAGACAGACAGAACAAACUCUGGGCCACAGCCUGCCCAGUCCAGUCUGAAAAGGCCUGCGUUCAACCUGUCUGUAUUUGGAACUUCUUCCAACUCGACAUUCAACAACACAGUGCUGAACUCCAGCCAGCUUGGAGAUUCACCCUUCUAUCCGGGGAAGACCACGUACGGCGGGGCCGCUGCAGUCAGGAGCGCUCGCACUCGCCCCGGAACACCGUACCAGGCUCCGGUGAGGAGACAGAUCAAGGCCAAGCCUGCUGGUGCUCAGCCCUGCGGGGUGACCAGUGCCACAGCCAGACGCAUCCUGCAGUCUUUGGAGCGCAUGUCGAGCCCUUUGGCUGAUGCCAGGAGAAUCCCAGCAGCAGCCUCAUCCCCGUUGUCUGCAUCAAUGGAUGACACAAAUCUAGAUGGUUCACCUUUCCAAACGAAAAAGAAACGAAUGGAUUCCUCCCUCCCCCCGGUGCAGAAGCUGGUGGUUCCUGCUGCAGCGCCCGUGUCAGGAAACCGCUCCGUGUCCUUUAGGCCUACUCUGACUCCUGGAGGAAUGAGCCGGCCUCUGGACAGGACUCCAAGAGAUACGCCUACACGACAAUCACCACAACUACCUGAAGCAACCCCAGGUCCAUCUCAAAGCACAAUGGGUUCCAGUGGCCCAACCUAUCCUUUGUCCAGCACGCCUGCAGCCAGCAGCGUGAGCUCUGGAGGCGGAAAGAUGAAGAGAGAGAGGACCACUGCACGACCUUCAUCUAAACGCGCUGAUGAGGAAGAGGUGGCUGAGGUGCCAGACCUUCCAACCAUUUCACUUCCCAUCAACACCUGCAACAUGCCCACCUUCAGCUUCAUCUCCCCUCUUCCACCCCUCACCACCAUCAGCAACUCCCUCAACGUCACGCCUGUGACUCCCGCUAAGGAAACAGUCAAUAAGGAGCCACCAACAGCCUUGACACCUCCCUGUGUACCUUUUACAUUUUCCUCCCCCAUUGUCAAAGCAACUGCUGCUAGUCCACCUUCCUUUUCCCCCUCAGCUGGAUUCACUUUUAGUGCACCUGUAGCAAAGUUGGGUCCCUCCAUGUCAAAUGGGAAUCUGGCCACUCCCAUCACAGCAGCAGUAAAGCCAGCAGCAAGCAAAAGCACAGAGGAUUUUGAAGGACCUUUCAAACCAGCCAAGACCCUGAAGCAGGGCAGCGUGCUGGAUCUUCUCAAAGCACCCGGCUUUGCGUCUCCUGUUGCUCGGACUUCCCAAGGCCCAGACAACACUCCACAGCAGACCUCCACACAAUCCACUGCCCCCUCCUCCUCCGCUACCACUACCACCUCCUCCCUCUCUUCUUCAACAGGGUUUGGUGAUUUGUUGAAAGCCCCACCAGGCUGGACCUGUGAUACCUGCUUGGUGUCAAACAAGUUAUCAGACACAAAGUGUGUUUGCUGUAUGACCCCGCAGCCCAACUCCUCCUCAUCCAAAUCUAUGGACAGUAAACCUUCAGCCAUCACCUCGGUUGGGCUCGAGAGCAGCAGCAGCUCUAACACCACCUCCACCACUACAACCACCACAGGUUUUGGCACAGUGUUCUCCAAACCUGCAGGAACUUGGGACUGUGAUACGUGUCUUGUUCGAAACAAACCUGAUGCAGUAAAGUGUGUGGCCUGUGAAACGGCCAAACCAGGUACAGGGCUCAAACCCUCACUGACUCUUCCUUCUGCCUUCUCAGCUGUUAAGACUGUAUCCACCCCCACAGCCCCUGUUUCUACAGGGUUCAGUGGAUUUGGAGACAAAUUCAAAAAACCUGAGGGCUCAUGGGAAUGUGAUGCGUGUAUGGUAGUAAACAAAGCAGUGGACACAAAGUGUGCGGCCUGCCAGACCGCUAAACCAGGAGCUUCAGCAGCAGCAGCCUCUUCUUCAGCCAGCAGCGCUCCGGUGUUUGGGUUGGCAGACGCAUUCAAGAAGCCAGAGGGUGCCUGGGAUUGUGACGUCUGUCUUGUACAGAAUAAGGCUGCUGAUUUACAGUGUGUUGCCUGUCAAACAGCCAAACCUGGAGCUAAGGUGGAGCCCAAAGCUUUCGGUUCGUCUUUUGGUUCAUCAGUCGGUGGGACUUCAGGCUCUUCUACCUCUACAUCUGGAGGUUUUAAGUUUGGCACAUCAGACAGUACCUCUGGCUCCGGAUCUGGGGGUUUCAAGUUUGGAGGCUCAUUGUCGGAGUCGUCCUCUUCAUCAUCGGGUGGAUUCAAAUUUGGAGUGCCAUUUGGAAGCUCCUCAUCAGAAACCACUUCUAAAGACACUACUGCCUCUUCAGGGUUCAAAUUUGGCAGCUCAUCUGAGGGCUUUAAAUUUGGCGUUGCCUCUAGUGAUGACAAAAAGUCUGACCAACCUGCCGCAGAUUCUGGGUUUAAGUUCGGAACCAGCGGUGGGAUAGUGUUUGGGACUGGAUCAUCUAACACAGAAAGUAACACCUCUAAAGGCGGCUUCACCUUUGGACUGUCAAAACCCGAAGAGAAAACAUCAGACACCACCACCACCACCACCUCCUCAUCCUCUGUUAGUUUCACACCUCCUUCUUCAUCUCAAGAGAAGAGUGACAGCGUGGCUUCAUCAAAUGACACAACAUCAACAAACACCAACUCAAUCACCACCACGGCUACGACCGCUGGGUCAGUUUUUGCGAGAUUGGGCGAGCGGAGUUUGGCGACCGCCACGCCACAAGUGGGCUCCACGUUUGGAUCCUUACAGGCAGACAAAGAGCCAGCUGCUCCCACGUUUACCUUUGGGAAGCCAGAGGAAAAGAAGGAAGCUGCUGCCCCCUCGGCUCCGUCUGCUUUCCUCUUUGGUGCUGCUAGUAAAGAUGCAGAUGCUGCACCAGUGCCGGCCGCUUCAGGAGGCUUUUCCUUCGGGAAGCCCAGUGCUCCAACAGAACAACCUCCACCUGCAUUCACUUUUGGCAAGCCCGCAGACAAGAGUGAAACAUCUACUGCAGAGGCCCCAAAGCCCUCUUUUACCUUUGGACAAAGUGCUACAGAUUCUUCUGCUGCUCCAAAACCAUCAUUUUCUUUUAUGGCUAGCAAUCCCACCACCACCAACUCCACCACCUCGUCCUCCUCCAUCCCAACCCCAAGUCUGUUUGGUGCUACCACCACCACCAGCAGCAGCAGCAGUUCCACUCAGGCUCCCGCUCCUUCUGCAGCUUCCAACACUUUUAUGUUCGGUCAGCCUGCUGCAACCUCCACUGACGCUCCACCAGCUAAAGCAGCCUUCGUCUUUGGCCAAAGUCAGGACAGCCAGCCACCUGCCCCAUCAGCUGCCCCUCUUAACUCUACUGCAACCCCAGCCCCAGCUCAGCCCUUUAUCUUUGGUGCUCCUGCAAGUGCUGCUGCUCCUCCUCCUGCUGCUGCUGCUCCUCCAUCCUUUGGUUUUGGAGCAGCAGCACCCUCUGCUGCCUCAUCCUCAGCUCCAUCUGCAGCUCCCGCUCCAUUUGCAUUCAGCUCAGCUCCCUCUGGUGGAUUUGGGGCCAACCAGACUCCUUCAUUCGGCUCAUCCUUCGGAUCUCCCUUCACAGCCACGUCUUCCCAGACCCCAACCUUCGGAGCCAAACCCAACGCCGCCCCUGUCUUUGGACAGCAGGCCAACUCCACACCUGUAUUUGGAGCCAAUACUAAUUCUGCACCAGGGGGAGGCUUUCAGUUUGGAGGAGCCAGUGCAUUUGGAGCCACAAACAACGCUUCAGGUGUGUUCACUUUCGGAGCAGGAUCAGCAGCAUCUCCUGCCCCUUCUGCCAACGCCUCCAUUACACCCCAGUCAGGAGCUCCUGGAGGUGGAUUCAAUUUUGCACAACCCCCCACUUUCAAUAUCGGAUCAACGAAAUCCUUCACCCCCACUCCUGCUGGACAGCCAGCAAUUGCUGGGCGCAAGAUCAAGACAGCUGUGCGGCGCAGAAAGUAGAGCCCUGUGGACUCGACGAUAAAGUAGACUUGACUUUGACUUGACUGUAUCCCCACUGAAUAACGUCCUGAAAGGUCUUGGACAAACACUGAAAUUACUUGGCAUGUGAAGAAGGGCCGAGGCUUGGGGCUAUUCGGGGCUGCUCGGGCUGGAUGGGUGGGCAUAUUUUGUCUGUAGGCUGAGCUGAUUAUUCAGAGGUUUUUUCACAGCCGUUAAUAUGUCAGACCAUCCCACAGGACUUCCCAUGAAAAAACACAGGUGACUUGGAACAAUGACACUGACUUAGAAAACAACAAUCAAGCAAGGACCCGUGCGGAACAUGAUGGAACAACAAGCAAGACAGUCAUAUCUAUAUUUUCAAACACC